AUGUUUGCUAACAAGUCACCUCAAUCAACCAGCGAUACAAAUAUGAUUAAAGCAAAAUGUAUAACCACUAAAAUGCCACAAAAGACGACUUGCAAGUCCAGGCUGAAGUGCCACACUGUGCGCAAAAGUGCAAGCAGCCUCAGAAACAGCGGGAGAACUUACAACCAAAGUAGUUACUAUUUGCUGCGGCCUCUACAGUGUUUGCCCGAUUUGAUGCUCGUUGUCAUUGCUGCGCUGCUAGCGGGGAGUGUGCUGCUUUCUAGCUUGGCGGAGGCUUCCACGCUGGAUAUCUACAAGAACGCGCGACUCGGUCAUCGUAUCGUUCAGACUCGUUAUGGCCGCUUGCAUGGACUCAUAUUGCCAUUGGACAACUUUCGAUUUUUACGCUCGGUGGAGGUGUUCCUCGGUGUGCCAUAUGCGACGCCACCGACCAAGCAAAAUCGGUUUAGUCCGACACGUGCGCCUGCACCAUGGGACGGCAUACGCAUUUCGGACAAAUACAGUCCAGUUUGUCCGCAACGCCUGCCCAACAUACAAAAUGAGACGGCGGCGCUGGAGAAAAUGCCCAAAGGCCGUUUGGAGUAUUUGAAAAGGUUGCUGCCAUUUUUGGAAAAUCAAUCAGAAGACUGCCUUUACUUGAAUAUAUUCUCGCCAAUUAAUGCAGGCGCCAGCGAGAAGAAAUUGCCCGUAAUUGUGUUUAUACACGGCGAAUCGUUCGAGUGGAGCAGCGGAAACCCGUACGAUGGCAGCGUCUUAGCGAGCUACGGCGAAGUGGUCGUUGUGACGCUUAAUUACCGCUUAGGAAUUCUCGGCUUCCUCAAUGCCAACCCCAACCCACAGGCUCAUGCGCGUGUUGCCAAUUACGGUCUGAUGGAUCAAAUGGCCGCCCUACAUUGGAUUCAGCAAAAUAUACAGAAAUUCGGUGGCGACCCGAAUGCCGUCACUUUGGCGGGGCAUGGCACUGGUGCCGCGUGCAUCAACUUUCUCAUGACCUCGCCCACAAUGGUACGUGGGCUCUUCCAUCGCGCUAUACUCAUGUCCGGCUCGGCGUACUCAUCGUGGGCAUUGGUGGAGGAUCCCGUCUUGUUUGCCGUCAAGCUGGCCAAGGAGGUGAAUUGUUCGAUACCGGAGGAUUUGAAUAAGCAUCACGAACAGAUAGUAGAUUGCCUGCGUGAAGUGCCGCUGGAGGAUUUGUAUGCAGCGGAUAUACAGGCGCCUAAUUUUCUGACAUCCUUCGGUCCAUCGGUUGAUGGCGUCGUUAUACGAGCCGGUCAUUCCAAUUUCGAUAUCGAUGAUUUAGUGAUGCGCAGCGCCAAACGCGCCUCAGCUGAGGGCGGCAGCAAUGGAUUCUUUGCAGGUGGCGCUUAUGCGGCUGGCAUGGGUGGUGGUGGCGGUGGCAGCAGCUUUGGUAGUUUCGGUGGUGCUGGUUCGUCGGGCGGCAAUGGCGGUGGUGGUGGCGGCGGUGGGUCUUCAGGUGGCGCCUACUACAGCGCCCUGACUGCAAACUAUCCGAGCAUGAGUGGCGGCGCCAACCUUGGCCUGGGCAGUAAUGGCGCUCACUACGAUGUGCUCUUCGGCGUGGUGACCGGCGAAUCCAUUUGGCGUUUCAGUGCACAUGACAUUCAGAAUGGCUUCGAAGGCGAGCGGCGCGAUAAGAUUAUUCGCACCUAUGUGCGGAAUGCCUACAAUUAUCAUCUCAAUGAGAUUUUCUACACGAUCGUCAACGAGUACACCGAUUGGGAUCGCACCUCUCAACAUCCGAUCAAUACACGCGACACCGCAGUCGCUGCGCUAUCAGAUGCGCAAUUCGUAGCGCCAAUAAUACGCACGGGUGACCAAUUGGCUGCCAAUUCACCGCCACCAAUAUCGACCAGUAGCAGUUCUGGUGGUGGUGGCACAGCUUCCGCCUCAACCGCUUCGGGUGCACAAUCUGGACGCUGCUACUUCUAUGUCUUCGACUACCAGACGAAAGAUGGCGAUUAUCCACAGCGCAUGGGCACAGUGCAUGGUGAAGAUUUGCCGUACAUAUUCGGUGCGCCUUUGGUGGACGGUUUCAGUCACUUUCCGCAGAACUAUACAAAAUCGGAAAUUGCGCUGUCCGAGGCAGUGAUAAUAUUUUGGACGAAUUUCGCAAGAACUGGCAACCCUAAUGAGCACCACCGCCAGGACAGUGUAUUACCCGCCUCCAAAGAGCGAAAUCGUUUUCGCAGCACCACCUGGGAAAAUUACGAUCCGCUUCAUCAGAAAUAUCUUGAAAUCGGCAUGAAACCCCGCAUCAAGAAUCAUUUUCGCGCGCAUCAGCUUUCGAUAUGGCUGCGUCUCAUACCAGAGUUGCAUCGCGCCGGCAUGGAGGAUGUCAUUACGCGUCACAAUUUAUUCAAAAAUCAUGAUGACAUGGAUUUGUAUGAAGGACCUGUGAAACCGGAUCCGUUUGCCUCAACGCGUCUGCUACUCAUCGAUGAUGCGCUACUGCGUAAGGCUGGACGUGGCGGCAACUUGACUGCCGGCUACAUUAGCGGCGUCUUGGGCGUGACUACCGUCGAGCCGAAUAUGUUUACAACAUGCAUACCGGUUGGUGGCAAUUACACGCCUGGCGCUGGCGCCGCCACAAGUGGUGCAUUCGCGCCCAACACACUGGCCAACUCCUCGAGUGACUCACUGUCCUCCGGAUUCGAGGCAGCCGGCUAUGCGGCGUACUCUACAGCGCUUAGCGUAACCAUCGCCAUCGGUUGUAGUCUUCUCAUCCUGAACGUACUCAUUUUCGCUGGUGUCUACUAUCAGCGCGACAAGACUCGGCUGGAGGUGAAGACACUGCAAAAGCAAUAUCAGCAACGCAGCAUGCAUCAGCAAGUGCCCUACCCGCCAGACCCCAUCAAACAUGCGCACUAUCACAUCGGUCAUUCGCAGAGCGCCAACGUGAUUGUAGAUGUGGAGAAUCAUGGUGGUGAUCAGGGCGCCAUGUUGUUGGCUGCUGCUGCAGCAGCAGCGAAUGCAGCAGAUGUUAAGCCACCUCCGCCACACAUUUGCGCCAAUACUGGCAUGCAACUCAGCGCCUCUGUGCAGCAGCAGCAACAGCAACAACAGCAGCAGCAACAACAGCAAGGGGGUGGUAGUAGUAUUGACCUCUGUGGCAUGUCCUCAGCCGCCAAGCAACAACAACAACUACAACAAGGGGGUGGGAUUAUGGUCAAUGGAUCACCAGACGUGGCCGCUAGUUUGAUGGCUGGCAGUGGUGGCUGUAACGUGACUUAUAGCACAACAACCAAGCAGCAGCAGCAGCAACAGCAGCAUAUGCAACAACAGCAACAUCAACAGCAGCAGCAGCAGCAACAACGUGAGCACAUGCAAAUCAAAGGCAUGAACUCACAAACCUUCAGUCGCGCAGCGACAAGCGUCGGUGGCGGUGGUGGUGGUGGUAAUGUCACCAUGACCAGCAAUCUCGCCUAUAACCCCGGCAUGAUGACGCUGCCUAAAGCGGGCACAUUACAUCACACAAACUCAAUAAACUACGGACGCAAUCCAGGUGGUGGUGUGGGCGGAAGUGGCGGUGGCGGUGGCGGCAAUGGAGGAGGUGGCGUAACAGCCACACUGCUCGACUCACGCGGCAAUUUAUUGCUAACCAGUGGCACAGGUGUCGCCAUGGGCGAUUGCAUGACGCUGCCCAGGAAUCUGGCUGCUUCGGUGACAAGGCACAGCGCAGCGGCAGACAGCCAAUCUCAACAGCAACAACAAUAUCAGCAACAACAAGCGAGCAGUAAGCAUCAACCGAACGGCAAUGUCAUGACCGGUCUUGGGCCACAACAGCAACAUAUACGCGCGCCACGCCCACCCAUACGCACUGCCUCCUCAGCACCCAGCAGUGGCAAUGCCGGUGGAGGUGGCGGUGGUGGUGUUGUUGGUGGAGUUGGCACUGGCGGCAAUGCUGGCAUUCUAAACAAUUUGGUCGAUCAGACGCCAUCGAAUGGUAGCAGCAGCAGCGGCGUCAGCAGCGCGCCCUCCAGCAAAGGCCACUCGCAUCAUCAUCUCCAUGCGCAUGCUCACUCGAGUGCUGUCGCCGAUAGCAUCGGCAUGACGACCACCACAACGAGCGGCGUAGGCGGUGGCAGCAGUACGCAUUUGCAGCAACAAGUGCCCCAGGCGGCGAUCGAUGAGAUGCGUGUCUGA